GAUCUUCACGCAGUCUUACCUGGUGGAACAGACCACGCCAGCUUUCCUUGUGCUGUCUGACUCGAUCUCCAUGGUCUCGGACAUUGUGUUCGAAGACCUGGAUCUUGACUUCAGUGACCUGGGCUCCAACAUUACGUGGAUGGAGCCAGGCGUCUACCAGCAGGUCACGGAGUACUACGUCUACCUGGCAGAUGGUUCGAUGCCCUUGAAAAGCUUGGGCGAUAAUGGUCACCUUCCGUGGUCAGGACGUUCACAGCUUGGCGUGGUUCCGGUGGGUACCGACCUGCUGUUCGUGCCUCCCGACACACCCCGGAAUGGCUACAGCCACGUUGUGAUCUAUGCGUCUUCUGCUUUGGUCGAGCAAACCACGCCGCAGUAUCACGUAAUCCACGAUGCGAAUGCCAGCGUCUCGAAUGUUGACUUUGUUGGCAAAGAUCUGGAUUUGGAGGACCUUGGCGGCGUGGUGAGUUGGACUGCACCUGGCUCCGAUUGGGAUCGAGUGUUGGCCUAUGUGGUUUAUCUGUCCCUCGACGACAUCGGGACGAAUCGGUCGCAGAUCGAGCAGGACGUUCCGUUCGGGACAAACAUGCUCCUGACACCUGCAGAAACGCCUCGCAAUGCCUAUACGCGCUUCGUGGUGUAUACCAAGUCAGUUCUCGCGGAGCAGACCACUCCAACUGCGCACAGCCUUUUCGACACUAGCGCUCUGCCUCAAAAUCUGGAUUUCCUAGACAUCGAUGUGGACCGCGGGGAACUCGCUGGCAACCUCACUUGGGAUCCGCCAACCGACGAGUUCCAUGUUAUCCGGUACAACGUCUAUUUGUCUGAGAAUGCUUAUGGUCACGGCCGCCAAUACUUGGGAAACGUUUCUGUGGGCAUCUACGAGUUCUUCAUCCCGUUGGACACACCGUUGCACAAUCACACACAUCUUUUGGUGUAUUCGGAGUCAACACUCGCCGAGAUGACGACUCCAGCUGCCCUCGAACUUAUAGAUUCAAUUGCAAUUGUGGAGAACAUCACGCUCUUCGAUCGGGAUCUUGACGAAUUCGAGGUCGGCGGGGAGAUCACCUGGGACCCUCCUCCGGACGAACGGAUCGUGGAUGUGUAUCGUGUCUUCUUCCAGAGCGACAGAGCUGGAACGGUAAAAUUCCAGCUGGACAGCGACAAGCCCCGAGAUUCGGGCAUUGCGCUGUGA